AUGGAGCGGCCGAUCCACCGAGUGAAGGUGUUGGCUCAUCAUGCUGCUCCACUUCUGCAGCCCCGAGCCUGCGGAGACACAGACGAUGACGUCAACCUAGACAGCCUUGCGUACGGUUUCAUGGCUUCGCAGGCUCUCUUUGCUGGGCUGGAGCUGGGUGUUUUCGAUCGACUUGCAACGGGUCCAAGAAGUGUGACAGAGUUGGCAACGGAGUGUGGCGUACCCCGAAAUCGCUUGCAGACCUUGCUCACCGCGCUUGUGGCCUCAAAAUGCUUGCGCCUGGAUUCGUCGCGGCGCUACAGCAACUCACCCAAUGUGCAGAAAUUCAUGGUGUCAUCCUCGAAAGCUUAUUAUGGAGAUUAUUUUAAACAUCAGGUUGGCAGUUUAUUUUACGCACGAAUGGGACAGCUUGCAAAAGUGUUGAAAGGUGAAGAGGUGCUCAAUUAUUCACAAUGGUUCUCUGAUCCCGCAGUGGCUUCCCUAUACACAUCUGCUCAGCACAACGGAAGUUUGGCCACAGCCAAGUCGCUCUUCAGGAAGGUUUCGCUUGCAGGAGUUGGCAGUAUGCUUGAUGUGGGUGGAGGCAGCGGAGCUUUCUCUUUGCAAGCUGUGCGCGCCAACCCAGAUCUGACAGCCACUGUGCUCGAACUUCCAGAAGUCUGCCAGGUGGGCAGGAACUUGAUGGAUCAGCAAGCGCUGCCUCAAGAAAGAACAAGGAUCAUGUUUAAGGAGCUGGAUGCAACUUCACCAAGGUGGCCUAUUGAAGCAGGGUCGCAGGACAUGGUGCUGAUGUCUUACCUCUGUGGUUCUGUUCCAGAGGACAUACUCGUGCAGCUCAUUGCAAACUCAUCAACAGCGCUUCGCUUCGGUGGCCACCUGAUUGUGCAUGAUUUUAUGGUGGACGAUGCCAGGGAUGGUCCUGCUCUGGGAGCAUACUGGGCACUACAGCAUGUCACAGUCAAUCCCAGUGGCCUAGGGCUCGCGCCCAGUGACAUCGUGUCGCGAAUGAAGGCUGCGGGUUUUCGAGACAUAGAAGUCUUCGAAAUGAUUGCCGGCAUGACAAAGGUCAGCAUGGGCAACUCGGACAGCAGUUCUUCCAGGAGAAUGAAUGAGCAGACUCAGAAGUGCACGUGUGACGAUGGAUGGCGAACAGCUGGUCUUACAGACACUGUACAUUUCCUACAAGGCCAUAAAGAGGGUGCGCUGGGCGCUCUGUUGGAUUUUCUGUGGGGUGGAAAGUUGUCGUGCCUCAACAGGUCUGUUGAGUCCAUGAGAGCGCAUCUACGGCCCAGCUUGUGGAACGGCAUGCGGCGCUGCAUGGGUGUGCCACAUCUGUGUCGUGGAGACUGUGUGAUUUCUUCCCAGUACGACAAAGAUGCAUUCUUGGACGAUCUGGCUUGGAGCAUUUUCGCCAUGGAGCUCAUGGUUUGGACCUACGCGUUUUGUGGCGUCACUUACCUGAUGGUGAUGUUCAUGUGGUCCAUUGUGCUUUGGCUUGCUGUCAUGCUUAUUCUGGUGGCCGGCACGCUCGUCACUGUUGGCGCCUGCUGUGCGGAACUUUGUGCAGGCUGCGCUUCAGGCUGUGGAGGUGAGUGUGCUGGAGGUUGUGAUAGCUGCUGCUGCGACUGCUGCAUGUUGUCAACGUAUCAGCAUGGCCCAGUCGAGGCUGACGCGUUUUAUUUUGCUGGCACCUUCCCAAGCGACCACUACUGGGCCACCGGCAUCUUUGUUUGCUCUGGCGCAGACUGCGACUGCUGCUGCUGCUGCAACUGCAGAACUGUGUGCUUCCCACUGGCUUGGUUGUUCUACGUCUUCCCGGUGCUGCCGGAAAAUGCCUGGGGUGGCUUCUUUGGGUAUCUGUGCAUGGGGACGCACCAGCACACACCAGUUGAGCGUAUGUACUCUGGCGGGAAUCGCUUCAUCGAGUUCAUGCGGAUGGGCUGGCGACGAAAUGCAGAUCUGCACAAUGACGAGGAUUGGCGUGCACGAGUGUAUGACUUCCUUGCGGGGGAAGAGUCGCCAGCAAUAGUGGACGCAACUGUGCCGCGCAGAAAUGCGGCCCACCUUGAUCAAGAUGAUCCGCAGGUCCGGCUUCUCAACGAGUUCCUGGAAGACGGCAAGCAGGUUCUUCAAGUUGGUUUGGCGAGGGCCAUUCUGUUGGGAAGGCCCUUUGAAAAGAUACGGGAUCGCUGCGUCCUGUCCUCGUACGAAGACUAUGCGGAGAACUGCUGCUGGAUUUGCCGUGAAGAUCGUGAGGAAUGGGAUCUAUGGCUAUCCUGCCGCCACAUCUUCUGCUCCAGCUGUUCCAGUCAGAUGCUGGUACGACGAAUGCCUUGCCCACUCUGUCGCACAGCUUCCUCGACGGUUCUGCGAGGCAACUUGCAAUUUUCAGCAGGUUGUUGGCAACAUCUGGAUACUAGCAAGUUGAACAUUCGAAAAAGGCUUGAAGCUGCCAAGAUGCACCGUGCUGCCACUAGCGGCAGCUCGGGCAAAUGUGGAGGUGCGCGUGUGAAAGUGUCGGACAAUGUCGGACAUGUGUGCCGUGAGUGCUUCGGUGUUUGCAUAUUUGAGGCUGAAGGCGAGUCAUGCAUGGAGUCAUAG